AUGGGGGGUGUAUCUCUAUCACAUAUUUUGGAGGUGGAUUGGAGGUGGAUAGAGUUGAACUGGUAUAGUUGUUGGAUCCAGCGAAUGUGCGGCCUGGUUUUUGAUAUGGUGAUCUUCUUUUACGAUAUAUACGGGUUAUAUAUUGAGUCACCGUUGAACAACUUUCCCGUGGAAGUAUCCAUGUCUAUGAAAAGGAUGCAGAUGAAAAUGGGGGUUUUGAAAGACAUUCAGACCCAGCAUAGGAGACAGGCGGACUUUCUCCACGAGCCAGGAUUUUACUGCAUGGUUUUGGUUUUACCUGGUAUACAAUAUUUAAACAUCUCAAGAGUUGCUAUAGAGUAUUUCUACAAGCUAUUCGAAGAGAACAGCAAAAUGCUCUCUGUCGGCAAUCACAGAACUACCCAGAUGGUCCAGAUUUGCAGAGUUCCCGAACAUCAGGAUGUUGAGAGCACGCAGGUCAUGUUCGCUUUCUGGAUUUCGGAGAAUAUGGAUACAGAUCAGCAAACCCCUACGGAAGCCAAUACAGAUUGGAUUUCAGAUGCAAUCGGGUAUGUAGUGCGUCCCGAGCACGCUGCUCUGGCGGCCGAGGUGUUCAAGCUGGUGGCUAGGGUUGAGUCAGCCCCCUAG